UCCCUGCCUUCUUUUUUUUCUGACAUGCCAUCUCAAGUAAAAUCGUAGUUACGUCUUUCAAAUUCCCGAAGCACACGACAAGUAUCAGCUAGCAAACAAAAUUUUUUAAAAUAUGUAAAUGGAAACGAAUUUGUUAGAAAUGUCGACUGCCACACUAGAAAUUCCAUGCCCAGAUUCGCAGAGUAAAGAAAAAAGCGAGACAAAAAGAAUUCGAUCUGUUAAAGAAACAAGAUCCUUAAAAAAACCUUCUUCCAUACCAACAGGACAGAAAUUUAAAACUAAACAAAAUACAGGACUGCAGUCUGUGGCGUCAAAAAUGGAAUCAAUAGAAAAUCAUGUUAAUCAACGACCUACGUCUAAGAAUCGUACAUUGACAUCUUUAAUCACGAAUGCUUCAAGACCGAGAGCCAGUUUCUUGCUUGCGAAUAAUGCCGUCCAGAAACGCCUGUUGGAAAAUCAGUACCUGAUGAAUAAGAAACGCUACUCUGUUUUAAGAAAGGAGCUGAAUGAUAAGCAUAAAAAUGCUGUUCAAUUAUACAAGCACAUGUCUCAUCUACGCGAGAAGGUGAUUGGCUUAGGAGCGAAGGACCCCGGAAAGUUAGAAGAAGUCGGAUUGUACUUGUCUUCUGAAGCAGACAAAAUUUAUAGUCCCUCUAUUGUUUCUGGUGCUGGAGAACAACCCGAAAUUCAACUUCCAGAUUCUAUCGUCACCAAUGAAUUUGUCGAUACCAUAAAAUCGAAACUACAUGCGAUUCUCGAACUCUACCUCACCCUUUGCCAGGAAGCAUUAGACAAAAGAAUGGAAAUGCUCUGCUGGCUCAAACAAAACGUCUUCAUGAGAGAUGUUGACGAAAGCUUUAAUGAAAUUAACCUGGAUUCAUCUAUAACCAAGCAGUUCGAAGAAUUUCAAAAUGAAGACAGCGGCUUUCGGCAAAAACUAGAGAGAACAAAGAACGCCCAGAACGAGAUGAUAGUAGAGCUGGUAAAGGAAUCUAAAGUCCUCUGGACCGAAUAUCAGCUUCAUCGCAAUAAACUCCAAGAAGUAGGAAGCACAAGUGAAGUUGAACUAAAAGAGAAGCUGAUUAGUAUAACUGAUCAGCUGAAAGUAGAACGAGACAAGGCGCAACAAAUCAUGGAUCAGAAAACAGUACUGGAAGGUCAAAUGCAGAAAAUUAGAGGCAAAGUUCGUGAACUGGAGGGCAAGGUGAUCAACGGGGAGAAAACAAUUCAACAGCUGCAGACUACGGUAAAGCAACUAGAGUCCCAGGUAAAACAGAAGGAAGCCAGCCUGCAACAUUGUACGAAAGAGAUGCAGAAGAUAGCGAAGAGUAACGAGACCGUCAUCACUAAACUAGAGAAGCAGAAAGAGAAUCUUCAAUCACGGCUGACUGAGGCGACGAACGAGCUCACGAAUAAUAAUAGUGGUUUUGAGGGUGCUGUUCAAGAAACGAAGCAGAAGCUUAAGGAAGCUAAUAAUGAACUCUUUCAUGAACGAAAGAAUAGAUCACUGGUAGAAACUGAGCUAGCAAAAUUAAAGGAACGCUAUGUGGUGCUCGAGGAACGGAGUCAGACACUCCUGAAACUUGCGGAGAAGACGGAGGACUUAGGAAAAAGUGAAAGUACAUCAAUUUCUAAUAAUUCCAACAACGAAAUGUUAAUAUACAAUGAACUGCAAGCCGCUAAAGUUACUAUAAAAGAACAGGAGAAUAGGCUCGAACAGUUCAAAAGAGAAAAGGACGACCUCGCAACUGUAGUGAAAAAAGCAGCUAGUCGUGAAGUGAUCGACGAGCCGAGCAGUAAGCUAGCGGCAGAUUUGUUAGCGGCGACUCAUCAAAUAAAAGUUCUCAAAGAAGAAAACGCUGAAUUGAAAAGGAACUUUACAAAAAUGCACAAUAAGAGUGAAAGUCUUGAGAAGCAGCUGAUGGAUUUGCACGCUAGCUUUCAAGUUCAGAGUAAAGAAGAUGGUAAGACGGCUUCUAACGCACUUUUGGCUAAGUUACAUCAGAACAAUUUAGAUUUAAAGUGCAACCUAGCUCAUCUGGAAAGUGAAAACGAGCAACUGGGAGCCGAGCUGCCACAAAAGCAAGUCGAACUUGACUGCAUAAAACAAGAUCAGAAUAAACUUCUCAGGGCCAGAGAGGAAAGUUACAUCAAACCUGCAAGGGUGAACAGAGAUACGAAAGACGGUCGCAAUCUAGAACAGCUUGAUCAGCAGAUCGCAGCGAAGGUACGCGAGCUGCAAGAAAUUUACAUCACGCUAGAAAACAAAAAGAGGCAGGUCACGCAGCUCGAGGAAAUGGUGAAGCAAAUGGAACUGCAGCAAGAUAGAGCACAAGCCCAAAGAACUCGUCUAGAAACCAGGAUCGCAGAGUUAGAAUUGGCAGCGAUGGAAAAAAAUCAGCGGAGUAGAGGCUUCAGCAUCAUGUAAGGAAUUUUCUCGAAACAAAUUCUCAAAAACUUCAACAAAUCACUAACAUUAUCGCUAAUUCUUCUCUCUUUCUUAUAUUGUAUUUUGUUGGCUGCUGGCGAUCUCAUAUGUGUCGCGGGAAAAACACUUUUAUAUGCAUUUACGAAAGCUGUAUUUCUAAAAUACUUUCUAUUUUGUACAAAAUAAAAUCUUACGGAAUAAAA